GUGAGAUAGUAGAGACACCCCGAUUAGCCAUGAGAGACCGUGUCGUCGAGCGUUGAUUCCUAUUGUGGAAAAAAUGGAAUGAGAAACAUAAAUGAUUGCGAAGUGAAGAUGCUUUGUGAUUUGAAAACAGAUAGGAUAACAGCAGAGAUGAGGAUGGACCACCAAGCAAGAUGGUCCCCUCGUUAAAGAAGUAGUAAAAAAGCGUACUAUCCUCAUGUCGCUUUGAGCCGCCGACGGGUCCCGGAGAUGACGUCGGCGGCGUCGACCGAGAGUCCACCCACUUUGGGUGGGGAAGCCGGCGACGCAGCUGGCGAAACGGGUCGACUAUUGGACGGUUUUUUGCUGCUAGCAAGUGGCGGCUUCGGCUUACCGGACGAUGCUAUUACGGCAAAUCUUUCCAGUCUGGAAAUCGUGGAGGUUUCAGACGAUUUGAGGUUCUUCCCGAAUUUGGACGCGAUCGAUCUGAGCGACAACAAGCUGAAUUACAAGGAAGUCUUGGAGCAUCUGUUUUUGACGCCGCGACUGACGAAGAUAAACUUGAGCUGCAAUCAGAUCGGGAGACUGAACUGGUACUCUAGUACAAGCCAGAAUUUUGAUUUAUUAUUGGUACUCUACUUCGCUCUAGAAGUAAUUUCUCUUGUUCAUUCUAGCACUGUUCUCUCCGCUUCAAAGCUUAUUAGUGGUAUUGAUGGCUUGAAGGAAACAGAGGAUUGUGAUGAAGAACCAGUUGUGGUUGCACUCAUUUAAUGCUCUUUUAUGUUUCUUGAGAUAUUUAUUGAACAGAUCUUCGACUUCGCAAUCUACUUCUACCCUACUCCACGAUGACAUACCUCAUCCUGCCCAUCCUCAAACAUACAUCAGCCGUCGCAAUCCAUUAGCCACGCACAUCUCGUCCUUCGAUACUUUGCAGUCCUUAGACCUAUCCUACAACGAAUUGCAUGGGGACGUCUUAAUCGCACUGGCGUCCUUACCACAACUCCAGAGGCUAAACCUCACAGCGAAUUGCGUUUCGAGUACUGCUUAAGUUUUUGUUGAUUUCAAGAUGCACUUGUUGCGAGGUGAAGAUCAACUUCUACAAAAUAUCCCAUCUUCUACUGAUCGUCCUUGUCUUCAGGUAUUCCACCCGAGGAGAGUUUAGACGGUUUUCCCAAGCUCCAGGAGCUCAUCCUCGAUAGUAACGACUUAGUACAGUUCGAUCAGUGGCGAAGUCUGGAUUGUCUGCGGAGUCUGCGGCAUUUAUCCUUGAAGCACAACCGCAUACGACGGUUACGAGAUGAAGAAGCGGCAGACGGCUUGUCUAGAGCGGAGUAUGAGGUUUUUGUAAAACUCGAAGUCCUCGAAUUGCAGGACAACGAUUUUUCUGGGUUGCAGCAGCAUACGAAUGAGUUUUAUGGACCAGGAGUCGUGACUUUAUAAACUUCAUUUUUUCCGUAGCCAUUUUUUUAUAGGAGAUUUAGAUUGUCUCCUGUCUGUUUCUCAGAGUGAACACCGUGAAUUUAUCUACUUGUUUUCUAAUACCUCUCUUUCGCUUCCAGCCAAGUGCAACAAAGCAAGCAAUUUGAAGCGGAUUUUUCGUUAUUGCAGCGCUUUCCGGCACUGAGGACAGUGAGGGUCAGUCAAGUCGGCUUUCCGAGACGGUUAUUUCAUGCUAGGGUAGAAACAGAGACGACGAAACGAUGGUAUAUGAGUGGCAAUCAGAGUCACACGGCAAGAGACAAAACAGAAAGAGCAAGAAAUAAUACCAGAGGAAGGCGGACGUUUAGGCAAGUGAAGUCAACGAGGGUGACAAGAUUCGGUGCAAUGGGAGGCGAAAACGAUACGUUUCGCGGCAGUGCAGCAUCUAGUUUCGGAGAUUUUUUGGCGACAAAAAAUAGUUAUCGAAAUACGUCGACGUCAGUGGGACCGGGCGCGGGGUAUUAUUCUGUCUGAGGAUUUCCAACGGUAUCAUAAAGAGCAGAACAACAAUAAUCUAUCUCACUUUUCCUAAUCUUCCCCUUCUAGAAUACCGCCAACACCCAUCAACAUCACAGGCCAUCAUCACCGAAUGCAACGAUGCAGUUGUCAAAAUAUGGGUCGGAUGAGGACCUGCAGAAGGCUCUCUAUACAGACACCCUAGUCAAAGUGAAUGCCAGAAGCGAAAAAAUGAGCCACGAAACGAAAGACAAGGAGAAACUAGUAGUGCAGCCCAUCGACCUGAUAGGAAAAUAUCUGGAUGAUGAGUACAACUUUUUGCCCUUUGAUUUUAAGUGCUUGAUGCUUGAUCCUAUGUGUGAUCCCAGAUAUAAGAUCCAAGAUAUAAUAUUCAAUUGAUAUCCGUUCAAAGGCAAAGACUGACACUGAAUCACAAACACAAAGGGCUAUGGACGAAAUUUUCGCAAGACGGAGAGCGCAGAUAGAUGGCCUUGUAGAACGAAGAGUUGCAGGGAAGCAGAAGAAAACGCAGCAAUCCUAUCUCCAGCAAAUUCCGUUUGCCCUGUCCAGCGAAUCCCAAAACAUCAUCCUCUCAGUGGCCAAAGACGUCUCAGCUCAAACGGCACACCAUGGAGAGAACGAGGACUAUUUCUUAUGUUGAUCAAGAAGAAUGAAGAUCAUAGUUUUAGUUUAUUCUACUUGAUGAGUCUACUGAACCUAGAUUCAUUUACCCUUUUUGAAAAAAUUGUCCACUUCUAAUCCCUGCUCGCUACACCGCUGAACAAAUCCUUGAGACGCCACGGACCCCGCCUGAAGUCUUGCAGCAGCGUCGUACUAGGAACGGCGGCAUGCACGGAGACUCGGCUUUGGGUAUACAGGACAGGAGUGCAGUUAGCGGUGUUGAUGUGCCGAUUGAUAUCAAGCGUUCACUCGAAGCCCUACAGGAUGCCAUGAACCGCGAUGACGCGACCUGGGCGGGCGGAGCUUUGAUGUAGAAAGGACUGCAUAGCUUUCACUCUCUUGUGAGUCGAUCCCCAUUCGGUCCAACCGCUCGUUCGUCGCAAUGUUGCGACAACAUUGAGUGAGCAUUUUUUAUCCUGACCGGGUUUUCCUAUGCGGUUUCGGAAACCACAGCUAUCCAACUCCGUUAUUCCAAGUAUCUACUUUUUAUUCCAAGUGUCUCCACGUACACACACGUUAAAGUGGUCCAUUCAUUCCAAGUAUCUACUACACGACGUGUCUCCAAGUAUCUCCUAUUCAUGGAGUUAACGAUGAUGCCCCUUAGAGUAAGUAAGAGGACAUCGCUCAUCCGUUGGAUUCCAAGUAUCUGCUUUUGACGGCCAUAAUUCAGAGAAUGUCACAAGAAGGCUAACACGAUUUCAAAGCUACGAAGAAACCAAUUCAAAUGCCAG